AUGCAAGCUCCGACAGUCGUCAGCACGCAAUCCCUCCAGCUCCGGAUGGCAAUCCGCGAUCACUGGGAUGCGGAGAAAAGCGCCAUGAAUGUCGGGAUGGCCAAGCUCAAGGUCACCCUCGGCGCCGAUGUGAUCAUCAAGCCUGAGUGGGGCAUGCUUUCGUCCUCUCUCUCAAAGGCAUACGAGAGGGAGGCCGAUAUGGUCAAGGGCGUUUCCGAGUUUGUGGCCUCCUGGCUUCUCGCUCUUGAGGAGUUGAUGUCCGACGACAAGGCCGAGGCGUGGACCGAGGAGUUGAUGGGCAAGCUGCCCAACGACAACCGCGUUCGAGCCUCAAUCACUGUGAGCAACAGCGGGGAGCACCAGCACGGGUCGAGUUACUGGGACGACACGGUGAGGCAGUUUAUCAUCGAGAUCCAGAACAAGGCGAUCAGUCCGGACAGGCAGUAUAUCCAAGAGGCCAAGAGCACACUGUUGACGUCGUUCACGUCGCACAAGGCCGAGCCGGAUGUUCCUUCGAUUCCGGAUGAUGACUGGACCCAAGUGGAUGCCACGACGCCAAUCGCACCGACCUCGUCGACGACCCUGUCGCCGCUCCGCAUGGCCGGCCUCGCGUCAGUCCUGCCCGUUCCCGUGCCGAUGAGCAUGCCCAAAGCCAAGGCGAUCGAGCGGCCGGAUACGCUUCUCUGCCGCCCGCCCUACUACAUCACCAUCGCGGGCGGGGCAUCGUACCUCGAAAUCCAGGGCAGCCACUCUCCCAGCCUGGAACUCAUCAAGACGUACCUCGAGACGUGGGUCCGCACCGACCACAACCACUCCGGAGCGUUGCCUCAAAUCAAGAUCAAGCUUCAUACGUCGUCGUUCGGGUUUGGUGCCGUGUACGACAAGGUGUCUCUUGAACCGAACAACCAGGUAUCCGAGGUGACCGUCCCGCUUGUCAUCGCUCUUGUCGAGGGCACGCUUGGCUAUCAGCUCUUGUACACUGACGCGCGGGUGUGGUCGUUCCGCCGAACCCAGGAGUUCAGGUGA